AUGGCUUACGUCAUGGAGAAACCGAGUGGAGACCUAGGGAUGGUGGAUGCAGACAUUUCUAACUUGCCACAUUUGAAAAGUCUGCAGUUGGCAGACACUUAUCCUCAUGGUAACUGUCUGAUCGAUGUCAUGCUGGGGAUAGAAGACAGCAUGAACAUUUUACUUGAUAAGAGAAUCAAGGGACCGCGAGGUACUCCGGUGGCUCAAAAGAGUCACGUGGGAUGGAUUUUAGGUGGAGCCAUUCCAAUGCCAGCGUCGGACAAUGAGAACGUUUCCGGUGUUAAUCAUGUUUCAUUUCACAUCAAGGAUGAUAGCGAGAUGGCGUUUAAACAUUGGGAGACGGAACACAUUGGCAUCAUGCCAAAUGAGAGAAAAGGCCAAACAGAUCUUGAGUUGUACGCACUACAACAGCAUGCUGAGAAAACACGCAGAGUAGGUGAUCGUUAUGAGACGGGAUUGUUACGUCAUCCGAACUUUGUUGAGCAGAACAUGAGGAGCAACAAUUCACUAGCUGUCAAUAGUUUGAUAGGACUUGAGAAGAGACUUCAGAGAGAUCCAGUGUUGGCUGAACAGUACAUGUCACAGAUCGAAGAUUUAUUGGCAAAUGGCAGAACAGAGAAGGUCAAUGAAAAACAAGAGCCAGAAGAUCGACAGGUAUGGUAUUUGCCCCAUCAUCCUGUGGUCAAGAUGGAUAGAGCUACAGCCAAAGUUUGCGUUGUGUUCGAUGGAUCGAUGAGAGGUCAUGAGGGUAAUUCGCUAAAUGACACACUACUGCCGGGACCAGCACUUCAGCCUGAUCUACCAGGAGUUCUUAUGAGGUUUCGAAGACACAAGGUAGCGCUAACGGCGGACGUGGAGAAAAUGUUUUUGAACAUCAAGAUGAGAGAGCUAGAUAGGGACAUGCAACGAUUCCUGUGGAGAGAAUUGAAUACAGAAAAGGAGCCAGAUGUUAAUCGCCUGACAACAGUCACAUUUGGUUUAAGUCCAUCACCAUUUUCCAGUAUUCAAACUGUUCUUGAUCACGUGAGGACUCAACGAGAUGCGUUUCCGAAAGCUGCAGCUGAAAUAGAGGAAAACAUUUUCUUCGAUGACGUUUUGAUCGUGGAUGAAACUGUGAAUGAAGCUGCAUUGCUAGCAGUAGAUCUCAAAACUGUCCUGAGGACAGGUGGAUUUCCACUGAGAAAGUUUCUUUCCAACAAAAAGGAGGCAUUGUCGUUACUAGAUGAGAGGGAUUUGGCAGCCCAUUACACCAAAACAGUGAUUGGUACUGAGUUUGCAACCGAGACUUAG